AUCUUGGUCUGAAGUCUAAUUAUUCUGUUUUGUUCACAAGGAUACUGUGACUUUCCAGGAUGCCCUACUGAAAUACAGUCACCCAAAAGGUGAUACGGCAUUAGUCUAUAAAAUUUCAAUACCUAGUGGCCAUGGCUUUUCUUUCUGAAUCAAUUUAAUAAACCCAGCCAGAAUUUUGGCUGGGAUGGAUGCUAAGUUCACUGGUCUAGUUUGUGGAAUCUACCCCUUUCCCCACUUCUAAAAUCAAAAUGGCAUUUGCCUACUUCCGGUCUUUCAACACCACUCCUGUAUGCUAGAGUUCCUCAGGUUACCAGCAGUGGCCCAGCAGCCUCACCUGGAAAAUCUCUGUGAAGCAAAUAAGCAACAUGUAAGGUGUCAGAAAUGCUUGGAAUUUGGACAUUGGACUUACGAAUGCACAGGAAAAAGAAAAUACCUACAUAGGCCUUCAAGAACAGCAGAACUAAAGAAAGCUUUAAAAGAAAAAGAAAACAGAUUAUUACAACAAAGCCUUGAAGAAGCUAAUGUAGAAAGAAAGGCCAAGAAAAAAAGGUCUAAGAGCGUAACCAGUUCCAGUAGCAGCAGCAGUGACAGUUCAGCCAGUGAUUCUUCAUCAGAGAGUGAAGAAACAUCUACCUCGUCCUCCUCUUCCUCCGAAGACAGCGACACCGAUGAAAGCUCCUCUGGGUCCUCAUCUUCGGCCUCCUCCACAAGCUCGUCCUCGUCAUCGGAUUCAGACUCGGAUUCCAGCUCUUCCAGCAGCAGCAGCACCAGCACUGAAAGCAGCUCCGAAGAGGAACCCCCGAAGAAGAAGAAAAUGAAGUAGAAUCUCUGCACCCGUAUUGGACUGAUGGACAGAAAACUUUCCUCCGAUUCUCAAAAGGGAAUUUAGGAUACGUCAAAGCCAAAUAGGUUAACUGGCCAAAAUUUUGAGAGCUCAAAAGUUUCUAAAUGUUUUACAUUGUAAGAGCAUAAAAGUAUUAAUAAAUGGAUUAUAUAUAUAUAUACACUUUUUUAUUUUAAGGGUAAAUCCUGUUUUUCUUUUUUAUCUUUAAAAUAUAUCUCUAACCUUUAAUCAAAAGCUGAAAUCCAGUAAAUCUGUUUUUUGUGAUAAAGCUUUUCUCCCUGUGAAAUAAAUGCUGUACUUUGUUAUGUUAGUGUUAUGUAUGAAACAUAUUUUUAGGAUAAUGCAUCAGAUUAUCUGGCAGAGAAUUCCUAAUGCUUUCGUCUCUAUGUUGUUACGUCAGGUUUAAUACAUUGUUAUAUAAGCUUAGGAGUUUUCCUACUGUUAAUAAAUGUGCUCUAUUUUUAUGUUUA